UCCCUCAGUUAUUUUUAAUCGAGGUACGAUGAUGAAACUAUGGGUCUGUGUCCUGCUGGCCUCGUCCUGUGCGGCUGUUCCCUUUAUUAACGAUGUGGAGCCAUUUAUUACCAAUGGAGAGCUGGCCGAGGUGGGUCAGUUUCCCUAUCAGGCGGGCCUAAACAUCUCCUUUGGGAACUGGAGCACCUGGUGCGGAGGCACCCUGAUCUCACACUACUGGAUUAUCACAGCGGCCCACUGUAUGGAUGGGGCUGAAUUUGUAACGGUCUAUUUGGGUGCCAUCAACAUCAACGAUGACGAGGAGGUGGGCCAAAAGAGAAUCGUGGUGCAGAAAGCGGGCAUAAUCGUGCACUCCAACUACACGGCCAGCACGGUGGUCAACGACAUCUCCCUUAUUCGGCUGCCCAUCUUUGUCAGCUUUAGCGAUCGCAUUCGGGCGGCCAAUCUUCCGCGUCGUUUGAACGGCGUCUUUCCCACCUACGAAUCCGUUCGGGCUAUUGCCUCCGGCUGGGGAAGGGAUAGCGACGCCUCCCAAACAGUCUCUCCCGUGCUGAGGUACGUGGAGAUGCCCGUCAUGCCGCAGGCACUGUGCCGGAUGUACUGGAGCGGAGCCGUGUCCGAGAACAUGAUCUGCAUGAGCACCACCAAUGGCAAGUCCACCUGCCACGGCGAUUCCGGCGGACCGCUGGUCUAUAAGCAGGGCAACUCCAGCUAUCUGAUCGGGUCCACCUCCUUCGGGACCACCAUGGGCUGCCAAGUGGGAUUUCCUGCCGUCUUCACGCGCAUCAGCAGCUACUUGGAUUGGAUCCUGAAGCACAUAGUCGCCCACAUCUGAAGGUGUGUCCCUAUAUAAUGUUGUCCUUGCAGAACGAAAGUUUCCUUUCUAUGAUUUCAAGCUUUAGGAUAAUAAAAUAUACUAAUUGUUUGAAAAACGUGAGGGCUAUAAGAUUUUCUAAACUUGACUCUUAAGACUUUUUAUCAAAUAACAAUAAUAAUAGUAAUAUCUCUUCUACAAUGGAUCUGUAUUUCUUUUAUACUCAUAUCCAAAGAAAUUUUUGAAUUGCUUAAGAAAAUAGUUAGAGUUAUACAAAAUAUUUUUAAUUAAAUUCCAUAUUAAAACAAAAGAUUACGAUGAAACAUUUAUAUCUCGGCAAUGUGUUUUAAACAGUCAUUUAAGAUUUAAUAUAAGAUUAUAUAUUUUUCAAUCAGGGCCACCAAAACGAACAAUAUAGACAUCUCUGAAUGCACGUAAAUUAAUGCAGUAGAAUAUGUUUCAAACCACAUGAGAAAUGCAUAUCACUUACAUGUUUUUGUUCCAUUUCAGCAUAUUUAAUAACCUUUAAUUUGAAUCAAACAAAAGUUGACCAAUCUCAUAAUAAAAAGACAAAACUUGA